UGGCUAACAGCUUCAUGUGGGUCAACAGAAUGGCAGCCUUUGGCAUGAGUCCAGACUGAGGUUUGAACUUGUACCUUGGCCAUAGCAAGAUGGUGUGGCUGUUCUGGUACCACACCCUCAUCAUACAUUACACAAGAGUUGGGCUUACAGUAGAGUCAUGACAAUUAUUGGAUGCCUGGCAUCACUAGGCAUCGGUCCUGCCAGGAACCCUGUGCAGGAGAAACUGCCCUGACUUCACUGGGACUCUUCAUCCUUUUGCCCCACACAACUCCCUGCAGGAUUGUGGUAUGAGAUUUUUCUAAAGGCCCUCAGGCCUUAUCUACAUGCUGAAGCCAUUCCACUUUAACUAGAGGGGUAGCUAUACUAAAGAAAUCCUGUUGGACUCCCAUAAUCAAGGCACCAUAUAAAAUGAUCUUUGCUGGUAUAGCUCAUGCCUAAAAGGGAAGGGCAAUAAGUUAUACUGUUAUAAGAUAUAAAUACAGCUGUGCUCAUGCUCAGGGUUGUUCUGGUAUAGCAGUUUAAGUAAAGUAUUGCAUCACUGACACCGUUUUUCCUGGUACAAAAGUUGUAGAUGAGGCCUAAAUGACUUACGAGCACAAAUCUCCUCAAACUCAUUCAGGCACUUUGGAAAAUCUCAUGUGGGUCUUGAAGGCAGAGACGGCUUGAUAAAUUCAGCUAUUGCACUGAGUCUUAAGUCUCCUUUCAGUAUGUUUUUUCUCCAUAUUUCUUCCAUUCGUAUCCUUCCCUUUUAGUUUUUUCUGCAUCAUCAGCAUGUGGUUUUAGUUCUGAUACUUAUUCUCAUUAUGGUGUUUGUCUCUGGCCUUGGUAACUGGCUUGUCUUUUAGUUUCAGUUUGGGGUCAUUAUUACGUGUGAUUAGUUUUGGAGCCUAAUGAAGGCAAUCAGACAUAACUGGAGGGUACAUUGACCCAUGUAAAUAUCAGAGAGUUACAAAGGAAGUUUAUCUUUAGGCUUCCUGAAUAGAUGCAUUUGAAUGCUGGAUGGUUUAGGGAACUGAUCAUGGGAUUCAAAUGACACCAAAUGACACUCAAGCUAUCCAAGAGAUAGACGUUCAGAUGUGCAGCUGCCUCUUCAUUUAAUUCACGUAGGUUUUUGCAGCACACACAGGAGAGGGAUGGUGCAAGCACCAAAUGAAAUAUAUCCAAGGUUGUGAGGAAUCCCAAGGAUCGCCGGCUCAGCAGUAGGGCAAACAAGUUUGUUCACUCCACUAGCUUUAUUUUAAAGAUUGACAUCAUGUUUUUCUUAGUCUUAUUACUGUGGUUUGUUACCGGUUGUGUCACACUUGCAUAGUUCCACAUCAGCAUCCAGAAGAUGGUGGAAAGACCAAGAUUUUCUGCUGCUCCAAGUUCAUAUUUUGUGACAAGGGAAUGGAGACGCACCAGAAAACUACGAUUCUUAAUGCUUAGCAAGUUAGAGGAACCUGGCGGGGAGAUCACCCUUACUUAUGCCAAUUUGAAGUUUUCAAAGGGACUGUCCAUCAGUUGAGCAUUGCUGUAGUAAUGCUGGGUAAGUUGUUGCCAAAUGAUGCUAGCGCAGUGAGUUCUGUGGAUUAAUUAGCUGAAUUUCUGUUAGCCAACUGUCACUAAUUGUUGAUGGCAUGCAGGCUUGGUGAAAAGCUGAAGAUUAAAUAGAGGUAGCAGCUGAUUUUUCUCUGCAAUCAUGCCUAUCAAUUCAACAGGGCUUGGGCAGCAGUGAGGAUGUCAAUAUUGCCAGUGCCUUGUGCUCCCUGGCUCUUUGCUGUAUCUACUUCUUCUCUUAAAUUUAGGUUGGGAUCCCUCUGAGGUAGAGGGCCAUCUCUCUUGUUGUAUAUUUGUACAGGACCUUGCACAGUGGGAGUCAGAUCCUUCACAUAUUAUCACAUGCAAGUUUAUAAGUAACCUAAUAAAUAGGGGUCUACUGAAGUCAAGGAGGCGGCCGGCUGAUUUUGUGGGCAGAUCCUGGGGCUGAGUUUCACAGGCUGAAUUUGGUGCCCCCCACAUGCCUCUGAUUGGCUCCAGCAGUCCUGCCCCACAGAUUGCCACAUGGCCUGAAACUGCAGCUUAAUUACCCUGAUUAAGUCCAGGGAAGCCAUUAAUCCAUGUGGUGUUAAACGUGGAUUAAUGGCUUCCCCGAGCUUAAUCAGGGUAGUUAAGCCAUGGUUUCAGGCCAUCCCCAAGCAGUAGGCUGUGCCAUUUUUGGCAGGCUCAUGGCAAAAACCACCCCCAAAACAACUUGCCCGCUGCCUGGGGAUGGCUGGGAAGCCCUGCAGUCUUGGAGCAGGGGGGGAAGGUGGAGUAGACCUGCCCUGCUGCCCCCUUUCUCCCCAUCCCCUCCGUCCUCUGCCUCCCCCUCCUGUCCGUGCUCCGAGACGGCAGGGCUUCCCAGCCUUUUCUCUGCUUGCCAGUGCAUUUUUUGUUUGUUUGCUUUUGUUUUGCAGCGAGCCUACCAAAAUCCUGGAGCCCGCUCAAAAUCACAUUUUCUGUGAAAAUCGCCCAGUCACGAUUUUGGUAGGUCCCUGCUAAUAAAGAACGACCCUUUAGUUCUUGGUGAAGGUACCUUGGCAGGAUGACUUGGAGAAACUUGUAUUUUCCAGACUACCUAGAUUCCCACUGUCCUCUCAGUUGCUUGGGUCUGUAAUCUUCAAGCCAUACCUAUCUCUAGGCCCAGACAUGCAGGCCACAAUUAAGCUUUUCUGUUUCUAUCUGCAUGAGUCCUAAGUUGCAGAGCAAUAAGUCCUAACUUCUUGCUCUGCCCACAUAUUGCUCCUUUCUAUCUGUUCACCGGGUCAUCUUCCUCCAGCACCAAACGCAAGCCAAGGAGGCCUUGAAGGCUUUUCCUUGUUUAACCAGUCCGAUCUGGCACUUCCGCCCUCACUUUCCCAAUGAAGGCAGGCUGGGCUCUGUUUUUCUCAGGCUCCUCUGCCUACUCCCCUUCUUCCCCAAAUGCCUGGCCAAACUCCCUGGCUACAUACAUAAAUCUGUCACCCUCCAGUUAUUUGGUAUUAUCAUCUCUUUUUAAACCCUUUCUCCAAUUCUUGCUUCAGCUAUUUCUCCUACAAACUCCACCCGUGCGACACUCGUUGGACAAGAUUUUGGCUUUAUGCUCAGCACGCUGCGUAAAUGAGUAUGGAAGAUUAUGAUUUUCUGUUCAAAAUUGUUUUAAUUGGCAACGCCGGCGUGGGGAAGACCUGCUUAGUCCGACGCUUCACUCAGGGGCUUUUCCCACCAGGUCAAGGAGCUACAAUUGGGGUUGACUUCAUGAUUAAAACCGUGGAGAUAAAUGGUGAAAAAGUAAAGCUGCAGAUCUGGGAUACGGCAGGACAGGAGAGAUUCCGGUCCAUUACGCAGAGCUACUAUCGCAGCGCGAAUGCAUUAAUAUUGACCUAUGACAUAACCUGUGAAGAAUCCUUCCGAUGUCUCCCAGAAUGGCUGAGAGAAAUAGAACAGUACGCCAGCAAUAAGGUCAUCACUGUGCUAGUGGGUAAUAAAAUUGACUUAGCUGAUAGAAGGGAAGUCUCCCAGCAAAGAGCUGCAGAAUUUUCGGAAGCCCAAGACAUGUACUAUCUGGAAACCUCUGCUAAAGAGUCGGAUAAUGUGGAAAAACUCUUCCUGGACUUGGCUUGCCGGCUGAUCAACGAGGCAAGACAGAACACACUUGUAAACAAUGUGGCCUCCCCGUUGCCAGGAGAGGGGAAGAGUAUCAGCUAUUUGACUUGCUGUAAUUUUAAUUAGGAGCUGCCACAAGAUGCCCCCAGAAUGGGCCAAGAAGAUUUUUUUUUUUUUUUUUUUUUUUUUGCUGGGAUUUAUCUCAGUGAAGGCAAUCCUUGCAACUCUGAUUCAUCUGACUUGCCUCUAAGUCAAGUUCCUGAUCCUAAAGCAUGGUAGGCUGACCACUCCGCCUGUAGGGCCACGUAGCAGAAUAUAAUAUGGUUUAAUUUCUUUUGUUUUUUGCUGUCUCUGGAGUUGGUUAGGGAGGAAACUCAUGCAAGGCUCUCAGUGAUAUGCAGUGAGCGAGUUGCUACGUCACUUCUGAAGAUGACUGGAACACCCUGGCGAUGGUAUUGAAGAGUGGGAUGUGGGAUCUCUCCUGCAUUACAAUGCUUUAUACCACAUCCGGUCCUCUUAUUUUAAAGCUGAUGACCGUUAACUCUUAGACUAUACUAGCAUCCUUCUGGGCUGCCAGCCAGAUGAAUGCAUAGGACGUGUAUAUAGAAUAUGUCCAGAGCAUCCUGAUGCAGGACUCAACGGUAUGUUUUGAAAUAGUGUUACAUCUCUCAUCUGCGGACAUUUUUGUGAACGUGAACUUGGAAUUAAAAAUAUAUGUACCGGCAUUUCCAAACGAACAGCUCUUUGGAAAGGAAGAUGUGGAUACAGGCUGACACACCCCUUUUGGUGCUAGCAGUUCAGUUGAAUAUACCAUAGACCAGAUAUAGUUUUAUUACAUUGCUGUCCUCUGAAUGUGUAACUUAGAGUAAUUAGCAGAAGUACACUAAUAAGCACUGUUCAUAAAAUAUCGUUACCUCUUUUUUUCUAGGCCUGAGCAUAGUGGGUAAGGGCUAUGCUUCUUUGAUGUCAAAUGUAAGGUGAGAAGACUGCUGAAGUAAAAAAAAAAAAGAAAAAGAAAAAAGCUCUGUAACCAGUAAUGUCCUAAUGUACUGAAUUAGUUUUGGGAAGACUUAGCGAUGGAGUUAAACAAAAACAAACCCAGAUCA